UUUCUUGGUUUGAGUAGGAAAGCAUAGUGCAGCUAUAUAGUGCAUGCAGUGACAGACAGUGUGUGUUGCUUUUUUGUUGUUGUCGGAGACUGCCGGAGAGGCGCUCCGUUUCGCUAUCGAUUGUCAGGAAAGCGAAGAGGAGUACAUUGUUUCGAGGUGGGCCUUUUGCCGGCACUGCGGCGGAUAGAUUUCCAGGUCAAAAUGGGGUCGCUAUUCCGUUCGGAGGAGAUGUGCCUUGCGCAGUUGUACUUGCAAACCGACUCGACCUACUAUUGCAUCGGCGAGCUCGGCGAGUUGGGUCUUGUCCAGUUCAGGGACCUGAACACGAAUGUGAAUGCCUUCCUGCGCAAGUAUGUCAACGAGGUGCGGCGUUGCGACGAUCUGGAGCGCAUUUUGCGUUUCAUGGACAAGGAGCUGGCAAGAGCAAACAUCACUGCGCCCGAUUCAGAGUCGGUAGCCGAUGCUCCGCCACCAUCGGAGAUGAUUGAGCUGGAGGCGCAGUUCAGCAAGAUUGAGAGAGAGCUCGGUGAAAUCAACUCUAACCAAGAGCGACUUAGCCGCAAUUUGCUGGAGCUGACAGAGCUCAGCCACAUCUUACGGCAAACUGCACAAUUCUUUGCUGAGGCGGAAACAGCAAUGUUGCAGAGCACAGACCCUAUGAGAUCAGAUGAUGAGGCAGCUCUCCUCGAGGACGUUCGCUCGGCGUCCAGCCAAUUGUCAUUUGUUGCCGGUGUGAUCAAUCGUGAUCGCAUUCCGACAUUUGAGCGUCUGCUGUGGCGUGCUUGUCGCGGCAAUGUCUUCUUACGCCACCAAGAGAUUGAUGGAGAGCUGAAGGACCCAGCCACUGGAGAUGCUAUGCAGAAGUGCGUUUUCAUCAUCUUCUUCCAAGGCAAUCAGCUUAGAUCUCGUGUGAAGAAGAUAUGUGAUGGCUUUCGGGCCACACAAUAUCCGUGUCCGGAGACUGCGGCUGAUCGUCACGAGAUGAUGCAGGGCGUUAGCACCCGCAUUGAAGACUUGACGACUGUGAUUGCGCAGACCUUGGAGCACCGGUAUCGUGUGCUGCAAGGCAUCUCUCUGAACAUCAACGUGUGGACAGUCAAGGUUCAGAAGAUGAAGGCCAUAUAUCACACGAUGAACUUGCUGAGCGUGGAUGUGACCCAUAGGUGUCUGAUCGGCGAGUGCUGGUGUCCGACCGAUGAUCUGGACGAUAUCCAGUACGCUCUGAGGCGUGGACAGGAACGCAGUGGCUCUUCUGUGACGCCUGUCCUCAGCGUGAUGGCGACCAGUCUGAACCCACCGACCUACAACAAAGUGAACAAAUUCACUGGAGGCUUUCAGAACAUCAUUGAUGCCUAUGGUAUUGCAACGUAUCGAGAAGUCAAUCCAACUACAUUCACCGUCAUCACUUUCCCGUUUCUGUUUGCCGUCAUGUUUGGAGACUGCGGCCAUGGUCUGUUGAUGUUUCUCUUUGCGCUGUUCAUGGUACUGAAGGAGAAUGACUUCUCUAAAUCUAAAUCUCGUGGCGAGAUCUUUGGUUCUUUCUUCAGUGGACGCUACAUCAUCCUGUUGAUGGGCCUUUUCUCCAUUUACACUGGCCUGGUGUACAACGACUGCUUCUCCAAGUCCUUCAACAUCUUUGGCUCGUCUUGGAGUGUCCAGGAGACUGAUCUGUACACAUCAACUGACACUGUGCAGUUGAAACUUGGCAAGGAUGGCAAUUUCCGAGAUCAUGAACCCUACCCGUUUGGUCUCGAUCCGAUCUGGCAGGUGGCCAGCAACAAGCUGACGUUCACCAACUCCUACAAGAUGAAAAUGUCCGUCAUCCUCGGUGUCAUUCAGAUGAUGUUCGGUAUCGUCCUGAGCCUAUUCAAUCAUCUGUAUUUCCGUCGCUACAUCAACAUAUUUGGCUCUUUCAUACCCGAGGUCCUCUUUCUUGGUUGUAUAUUCGGUUACCUGGUCUUCAUGAUCUUCUUCAAAUGGCUGUUUGUCACUACGGAGACUCUUGCUGGUGAUGGAGGGGCACCUAGCUUGCUCAUCAUGUUGAUCAACAUGUUCCUGAGCUUUGGCAGGGUCAAUCCUGAAGAGCAAUUCUAUUCUGGACAGGCUGCUGUUCAAUCGACGCUAGUGGUCAUCGCGGUUCUCGCCGUGCCAUGGAUGCUGCUGACCAAGCCAGCGUUUGCGAAGAUAAUGGCUCGCCUUAGUGCCACACGGCAGGCAACGUACACCAUGAUAGGAUCUGAUGUAGAUGAUGAUGAUGCGGCGGCCAGUGGUCUUGGUGUGCAGGACAACAGUGGCACAGACGCCGGCGAUCACACUGUAAGCCAUAGUGAGCACGGUGUGGGGGAGGAGAGCAUUGGUGACAUAUUCAUCCACCAGGCCAUCCACACCAUUGAGUUCUGCCUGGGCUGCAUUUCCAACACUGCAUCCUACCUGCGUCUCUGGGCUCUCAGCCUGGCACAUGCCGAGUUGUCUGAAGUUCUGUGGACCAUGGGCAUGCGGAUCGCCAUGAAGCAAACUGGUGGUGUUGGUCUCAUUGCCGUCUUUGCUAUCUUUGCUAUGUGGGCUGCUGAGACAAUUGCGAUCCUGUUGGUGAUGGAGGGACUGUCUGCAUUCUUGCACGCUCUACGUCUUCACUGGGUGGAGUUCAAUGGAAAAUUCUAUAAGGGCGAAGGCUACAAAUUCCUUCCAUUCUCCUUCGCACGAGUCCUAGAGGGUGGUGAUGAUGAAUAGUUUCUUUUUAUUGUAAUUUAGCCUUUUUUCUUCUUCUAGAUUCACAGAAUGCCUAACAGUACCACUUGCUCUCUCUCUCUCUUUCACAACCAUCCACACAAGGUAAUUCACUUUUCAGUCAAGCACAUAAAAAGCACGAAACCUGAAUUUGCAAGCAUAAGUUGAUUCGCCUUUUUCUACUUUAUUUUCCAUACACACACGGUGACACAUAUUAUUAUGAAACUGCACUUUUCUGGAACAUUGUUCUGCUGGUCUAAAUGGUUUGAUAUCUAUCCUACAAGACCCGCACAAAGUAUAAUUCCAUGGUAGCAGACGGUUUCAGAAAUAAACCGCACGUGUUAUUAGUAAGUAACAUAGUUGCUACAGCAAUUAUUAACAAUGCACAGCAAAAUAAUAAUAACCAGCAAGCAGUAAUUUCCAAUCGUGUGUACGAUGUAGCUAGCAGUCACUGAAAGAAAU